CAAUAAUGUUUCUCGAGGUCCACUCUCAACACACUUCCGCCAUGGAAGCUCCUGUGAGAAUAUUCUCCAACACGACAGUACUCAGCCUCAACCGCCGCCUAUUCGCCAAAACGACGCCGUCCUCCGUCGUUUUCCCUCGCAAGCUUCAGCGGCCGCCGAAACCCCCAAUCUCUCGCGCCUCAUUCUCUCCCCUCUGUCGUUCACCGGCAUUCCCUCCUUCGUACCCAAACCCUUUCAAACACUGCCUUCCGUUCUCGUCGCUAAACCCAAGAAACCACUCCAAUUCGCCGAUUUCGCCCUCGAACGACGCCGUCUUGAACUGGAGCCGAGCGUCGCCGGCGGUCGCCGCGAAUGGAGGCGACGGUUUCGGGAUCGGUGACCACCGUGAGGUGACGGUGGUUCUCCUCGGGUGGCUGGGGGCGAAGACGAAGCACCUGAAGAGGUACGUCGAGUGGUACAACUCCAGGGGGUUUCACGCGGUGACGUUCGUGAGCGAUGUUGGAGAGAUUCUGUGGUUCGAUUUGGGUCGGAGAGUGGAGAAGAGGGUAUCGGCGCUGGCCGGCGAGCUUAUUUCGUGGCUUUCCGUGGGUGGAUCGGACGGUAGAGAACGUUGCUUGGUGUUUCAUACUUUUAGCAAUACGGGUUGGUUUGUAUAUGGAGCCAUUCUUGAAAUUGUGCAGGGUCGGCAGGAUCUGCUAGAGAAGAUUAAGGGGUGUGUUUUUGAUUCAGGAGCAGCAGAACCAUUCAAUCCUCAGGUCUGGGCUGCAGGAUUUUCCGCUGCAAUUCUAAAGAAACGAAACUCAGCAGCUUCCUCUGCACUUGAGAGUAGACCACUAAAUGAAUCAGAAACUGAGGUGACCGUGUCCUAUACACAAGAAAAGGAAGCCCCGAUGGUCGAAACUGUGCUUCUAUCGCUAUUGGAGAAGUUCUUCUCGGUUCUAUUAAAGUUGCCGGAUGUGGAUCAGAGGUUAACAAAAGUUGUCUCUAUCCUCACAAGAAACCAGCCAUCUUGUCCUCAGCUUUACCUUUAUAGUACAGCUGAUAAAGUAGUUCCAUAUAAGUCAAUUGAGUUGUUCAUUGAAGAGCAAAGGAGGUUGGGAAAAAAAGUAUACUCUUUUAACUUUGGUUCAUCUCCCCAUGUGGACCAUUAUAGGACUUUCCCAGACAUAUACACAUCAACGCUUCAAAAGUUUUUGAGAGAGUGUUUUGCUACUAUAGUGAAUAAAUAAUCCUGCAAAAUUAAAAGUAAUUUGUACUGAAUCUUCGUUUGAUACUAAUACCAUUUUGGCAAUGGUAACUCAGCAAAAGGGCAUGUUAACACAUACCCAAUUCAUAUACCUUAGUGCAAAGAAGGUCUACAAAGCUUAUUUUUGGCUUCAGAACUUGAAACUUGUAUUACUUGCUCAUAAUCAACUGGCAUAUUGCCAUGGUUUAGCUGAUUGUAAUAAACUCUGCAAGAAAGAUCUCAGAUUUGC